AUGAGCAACAUUUUGUAAAAGGAAUAAGAUAAUAUUGAUGCACUUAAGCAUUAUUCAAAGAGCUAGGUAACAUUAUUUAAUCAAAUAAUUGUAGGAGUUUAAAAAUUCGCAUAGAAUUCAAGAAGCAUUAACAGAAAUUAAUACUGCCUUAAAUCUCAAUCCUGAAUUUUCAUAAGCCUACACAUUAAGAAGUUCAUUAUUGUAAUUUAAAAUUUAGGUGAAUUAUAUGAAAAAUUGAAAUUAUAUGAUAAGGCUUUGGAAGAUAUAAAUCAUAGCCUAUCUAUAAAUAAUAAUAAUCCUGAAAGUUUAUAUUAGAGAGGUAUGCAUAGAAUAUUAAAUUAAGGAACAAUUUAUUGGUAAAAACAGUUAUUUGAUCAAGCUUUAUAAGAUUGUAUGAAAUGUGUUGAAAUAAAUCCAAAUUUUGGGAUGGGCUUUAGUAGAAUGGGUAAUAAAAAAUAUCAUUUUAGGGACUAUUAUGCAAGAUUUGAAAUAAAAAGACAAAGAAAUUUUGUAUUACAAUUUAGCUUUAGAAAAAGAUUGUAAUUGUUAUUAAGCGCUCACAUAUAGAGGUAAUACUGAUGUUUAAAAAAGGUGUAUAUUAUUAGGACGAACAAAAAUAUGAUUAAGCUUUUAACGACUUCAAUUAAGCUAUUUAAAUUAAUCCAAAAUAUCCUAAUGCCUACAUGAAUAGAGGUGAAUACUAUUAAACAUUAUAUUUUAGGCAAUUUAUAUAGAAAAACUGGUGAUAGAGACAAAGCAUUAAAGGACUUUAAUAAAGCAAUCCAACUUGAACCAACAUCUGCAAUAACCUACUAUAAUCGAGGUGAGCAUAUUUAUGCAUCUUUUUAAGGUGUUUUAUAUGAUGAUAUUUGUGAUAGAGAUAAAGCAUUAAUUGAUUAUAAUUAAGCUAUUUAACUUGAUUCAAAAUAUGCUAAAGCCUUCAUUUAUAGAGGUGAAUACUAUUACCUUUUAAUAUAUUAGGCAAUUUAUAUAAAAAUAUUGGUGAAAAAGAGAAAGCAUUAAUUGAUUAUACUUAAGCAAUCCAACUUGAUCCAAAAGAUGCAGAUGUCUACAAUUAUAGAGGUUAACACUAUAAAAUUUAAUAUGUUAGGCACCAUAUAUGCUGAUAUAGGUGAUAGAGAAAACGCAUUAAUUGAUUAUAAUAAAGCAAUCCAACUUGAACCCAAAUAUGCUAAUGCAUUCAUUAAUAGAGGUGAAUACUACUAUAAUUAAUAUUAGGCAAUUUAUAUGAUUUUGGCAAUAGAGACAAAGCAUUAAAAGACUAUAAUAAUGCAAUCCAACUUGAUCCAACAUCAGCAGUAGCCUACUAUAAUAGAGGUGAGUAAAUUUAUGGAUAAUUUUUUAAGGUGGUUUAUAUGAUGCUAUUGGCGAUAAAGAAAAAGCAUUAAUUGAUUAUAAUUAAGCAAUCUAACUUGAUCCAAAUAAUGCAAUGACUUACUAUGAUAGAGGUGAGUACAUAUAUACUUAAUAUGCUAGGUGCUUUAUAUGAUGGUUUUGGGAAUAGAGAUAAUGCAUUAAUUGAUUAUAAUCGCUCAAUUCAGCUUGACCCAAAAAAUGCUAAAGUCUUCUUUAAUAGAGGUGAAUAAUUUUACAUUUAAUAUAUUAGGCAAUUUAUAUCAAAAUAUUGGUGAAAAAGAAAAGUCAUUGAUUGAUUAUACUUAAGCAAUCCAACUUGAUCCAAAAGAUGCAACUUUCUACUAUAAUAGAGGUUAAUACUAUAAAAUUUAAUAUUUUAGGCACCAUAUAUGCUGAUAUGGGUAAUAGAGAAAAUGCAUUAAUUGAUUAUAAUCAAGCAAUCCAGCUUGACCCCAAAUAUUCUAAUGCCUACUUUAAUAGAGGUGAAUGCUGUUAUCCUUAAUAUAUUAGGGGUUUUAUAUGAUGAAAUUUGUGAUAGAGAAAAAGCAUUAAAUGAUUAUAAUAACGCAAUCCAACUUUUUCCAAAAGAUCCAAUACCAUACUAUUACAGAGGUGAAUACUUUGCAUUUAAUAUAUUAGCCAAUUUAUAUAAAAAUAUUGGUGAUAAAGACAAAGCCUUAAUUGAUUAUAACCAAGCUAUCAAAUUUGAUCUAAGAGAUGCAGUAACCUAUUUUAAUAGAGGUAAAAGCUCGUAACCUUAAGAUAUUAGGUGCUUUAUAUGAUGAGAUUGGUGAUAGACGCAAAGCAUUAAUUGAUUAUAAUCAAGCAAUCGAACUUGAUCCAAAUUAUGUUGAAGCCUACAUUAAUAGAGGUGAUUUUUAUUAUACUUAAUAUUUUAGGCAAUUUAUAUCAAAAUAAUGGGGAUAGAGAUAAAUCGUUAAUUGAUUAUAAUCGAGCGAUCCAACUUAAUCCAAACAAUGUUAAUGCCUAUAAAAAUAGAGGUGAAUAUUAUCCUCUUAUUAUAUUAGGGAAUUUGUAUCAAUAAUUAGGGGAGAAUGAAAAAGCAUUAAUUGAUUAUUAACAAGGAUUAUCAAUAUCACCUAAUCACCCAAUAAUAUUAUGCAAUUUAGGUGAUUAUUAUUUCUUACUUCCUGACCAUAAUUAAUUAGCUUUGGAAUGUUUUCAAAAUGCUAUCAACUACUUAUUGAGUUUAAGUUAAUUUGAAAUUACAUAAUAUCAUUUAAACUAAGAAAAUAUCCAUUUUUUACAAACUAAGUUUGGUUUGCUUUAGGAAUUGGAUUAAUAAAUAUAGAAAUUUAAAAUAAUUAUUUAAAAGUUAUCAAUCGAAAACCACUAGCAAUUAUAGUAAAUGCUCAAAUAUAACACAAAUUGUUAAUAAAUUUUAAGUAAAAUCAAUCCAAUUCUAUCAUCCUAAAUGGCUGAAUAAAUAAAACCUGAAAAUCAAUAGGCUUAAAAUGACUAACUGACUAAAAUAUUAUAAGAUAUUUAGCAAUUAAAUUAAAAGUUAUUACAAAAAAACAAAGAAAACGAUGAAAAAUAAUUGAAUAUGAAAACAAAUUAAUUAGAAGAAAAAGUAGACAGUUUGGUUCAGUAGGAUAGAUCUUAAAUUGAAUUAUUAUUAAAUGAUCUGGAUAAACCUGAAAAUUAGUAUUAAAAAAUUUACUACUUAUCGUUGUUCUGGAGGCUUUACAAUUAUUUACAAGCAGUGUAACAAGUCUCUACCGAUUUAUUUUAAAUAAACCCAAAUGCAAUUAUUGAAACUAACUCAGAAUAGGUAUUAAGUAUAGUUCAAAAAAAUUCUUACUUUGGAUAAGUUACACUUUCAACUUAACCUUUGAUUAGAGAUGCUUUUUAAAUUAUAAAUGCUGCCCUUGAUUUUGCAAUCGAUGAAAAGAAUGAGAGUAAAUUUAAAUAAAGAGUAAGAACUCUCAAUGAAAUACUAGUAUUUUUUGAUGUAAAUCCAUAAAAACUAGAAAUAGAAGUGCAAAUGGCAGCCAUAGCUUUGGGAAAAUAACAAUAGCCUAAUGUGAAACAAAGAAAAAUAACAAAUUUUAGUAAAAAAGUUGAUGAUUUAUUGGCAAAAGAAAAAAGUUCUUCUGAAUUAUUAAAAGAUGUGCACUGGAUUUGUGGGACUGAAGAUGCAUUCAUCAUUUUGAGCUAUUUAGAAAGAAAUGAAGAAAAAAUAUUAUAAGAUUAGUAGAAAAAGCUAAGGGAGAUAUUUGAAGAGGGAGUUAAAUCAUAUUCGUAUACUCCUUAGGUUUAAUAAGUGAAUUAAGGCUGUUCCUCAAUUUGUUAAAUCAUAUGA